CAAUUUCUGUGGCCCGGCACGCUUGUUUUGCAGUUUUACCUGGAAGGUCUCGUUGAGUGGUUAACAUCAUGGACGCUUGUUCUCCUCUCGUCUCCAUAGAAAACGUAGCCUGCUCCGGCACCACCAAAUGCUGUCAUCGUCUCGGCAACAAAAAUUUUGCCAUCAUCUCCAAUUCCCCCAGAAAAAUGUUGCUGAGGCCCGCGCUGGCGUGCUGCAAGCUCUACAUCUCCGAGGCACGCAACGCGCCGGCCCUGCGGGCCAUCGAGCGCGCGGCGGCGGGGCUCCGCCCGGCCGCGGUGCUCGUCAACGCGUUCGCCGACGACGCCUACAACAGGGUCGGAUACACUCUCGUCUCGCGCCUCGCGGGCGCCGGUGCCGGCCCCCCUCCCCUGCAGCGCGCCGCGUUCGGCGUGGUCGCCGCCGCGCUCGAGGCCGUAGACCUGGGCUCCCACGCCGGCGCGCACCCGCGGCUCGGCGUCGUGGACCACGUCGCCUUCCACCCCUUGGCGGGGGCCCACCUCGAGGAUGUCGCUGCGCUCGCCAGGGUGGUGGCGGCUGACAUCGGAGACAAGCUUCGAGUGCCGACGUAUCUGUACGGAGCAGCUCACAGCCAAGGGAGGACACUGGCCUCCAUCAGGAGGCAGCUCGGGUACUUCACUCCCAACUCGCCAGGUGACCAAUGGCGGGGCGCGCCGGACGCAUCUUCCCUGCCCGUCGCCCCGGACGCAGGCCCCAGGACGCCGUCGAGGUCCAAGGGCGUGGUGGUCGUCGGCGCCACCGCCUGGGUGGACAACUACAACGUGCCCGUGCACACCUCCGACGUGGGUGCAGCAAAGCGGAUCGCGCGGGCGGUCAGCGAGCGCGGCGGCGGGCUCGAGUCCGUGCAGGCGAUGGGUCUCGCGCACGCCGAGGGCCUCACCGAGGUCGCCUGCAACCUGCUCGACCCGGCGAGGGUCGGCGCCGACCAGGUGCAGGAGAGGGUGCAGCAGCUCGCGGCCGCGCAGGGGCUCGCCGUCGGGAAGGGGUACUUCACCGACUUCUCACAGGAGAAGAUCGUCGAGCUGUACCAGCAAUCAGCUGAAGCUGAGGCCACCCAACUGUGACCAAGUAAUUCUUGCACUGUGUUAAUGUGGAAUAAAAACAAGUGAUGACCUGCAUCAUGCCGAAACUACAACACUGAUUUCAGGAGCAAAAAGGAGAAUUUAAGGAGCAAGGAACUAUUCAA